CAGGCCAGGCCGAGCCAGGCAUGCCGCAUUAUGAGUGGGUCCGGGUCGUGCCCGUCGCCGCUCCGUCCAUCGAUCGUCCCCACCCUCGCUGCUGCUUUGCAAGGCUUGCAUGAAUGAUACAAGCGUAUAAUUAUAUGAGGCCCGGCCCCACCACGCAUUGACCCCUGGGCGCUGCUUAUUACCUCGUCUAUCAGUGCCGUGGAGCAUCGCUCAUUGUGGUCGACGAGCGUGUCGAGGGCGAGGGACGGGCAGCUGCGAGGUGUGCGCUGCACGGUGCGAAGUGCUGAGAGGUCUCGAGUGCGCGAGUGUGCGAGGUGGCGGUGGAGGUUGAGGUGGGGUGGGCAGUCCGGGGUGAGAAGAGAAGGUAGAGGGAUUCGCAGGACAUGCGGAUUGGUCACAUGAAGCGGAGGAGAUGACGAGUGGGCUGAGCUAGGCUGAGGGUCAUCGGCAGGCGUGCAUUGGCAUCGCGGAUGGUGAUGAGUCGCAGCUAGGCCGAGGCGGUGAGAUUGGGGACGGUGCGGGUGGGGGUGUGGGUGCGGCGAGAGCGAGCGGUGUGAGUCGCGAUGGCGGAGAGCGGGAGCACGGGGGGAUUGCCGAUGUUGGUGGAUCAGCUGGUGAAGAUAUGGCUGGAGGUUCGGGGGCCGGUGGUGGCUCCGGUGCUGCAAUUCGCGAUCAACGUGUGCCUGGUGAUGGUGACGAUGCUGUUCGUCGAGCGGAUAUUCAUGUGCGGGGUGAUGGUAUUCGUGAAGCUGUUGAGGCGGACUCCGGAGACGCAGUUCAAGUUCGAGGCGAUCCAGGAUGAUUUGGAGUUCGGGAAUUCGUCGUACCCGAUGGUUCUGGUGCAGAUCCCGAUGUUCAACGAGCGAGAGGUGUACCAACUGUCGAUACAGGCGGCGUGCGGGCUGUCGUGGCCGCAGGACCGGAUGAUCAUUCAAGUGCUGGACGACUCGACGGAUCAGACUACCAGGGAGCUGGUGCAAGUAGAAGUGCAGCGGUGGGCGAGCAAGGGGAUCAACAUAAAGUACGAGACACGACCGAACCGGAAGGGAUAUAAGGCGGGGGCAUUACGUCAGGGGAUGAGGCAUCCGUAUGUGCAGACUUGCGACUACGUGGCGAUCUUCGACGCGGACUUCCAGCCGGAGCCGGAGUUUUUGCAGCGCACAGUGCCGUUUCUGGUGCACAAUUCGAAUCUGGCACUUGUACAAGCUCGAUGGAAAUUUGUGAACGCGAAUGAGUGCUUGAUGACGAAGAUGCAAGAGGUGUCUCUGAACUACCACUUCUCGGUGGAGCAGAGGGUGGGGUCCGCGACGUACGGUUUCUUCGGGUUCAACGGCACCGCGGGUGUGUGGAGAAUCCGCGCCAUGGAGGAAGCAGGAGGGUGGAACGAUCGCACAACGGUGGAGGACAUGGACCUGGCGGUGCGCGCCAGUCUGUGCGGGUGGAAGUUUGUGUACAUUCACGACCUGGAGGUGAAGAACGAGCUGCCGAGCACGUUCAAGGCGUUCCGGUUCCAGCAGCACAGGUGGUCGUGCGGGCCGGCGAACCUGUUCCGGAAGGUGCUGUUCACGAUCCUGAAGAACCAGAACCUGCGGCUGUGGAAGAGGCUGCACAUGAUCUACGCGUUCUUCUUCGUGCGGAAGAUCGUGGCCCACAUUGUGACGUUUACAUUCUACUGCGUAGUGAUUCCGGCGUCGGUGUUGGUUCCGGAGGUGGACCUGCCGUUCUGGGGAGCGGUGUACGUUCCGUCGAUCAUCACGCUGCUGAACGCGAUCACCACUCCCAAGUCUCUGCACUUGUUGGUGUUCUGGAUAUUGUUCGAGAACGUGAUGUCCCUGCACCGGACGAAGGCGACGAUAAUCGGGCUGUUCGACAUCGGGAACGUGAACGAGUGGGUGGUGACGGAGAAGCUGGGCAACCUGAUGAAGUACAGGUCCGCCAAGUACGGGAAGAAGUACACGCUGCAGAGGAUGGCGAGCAACAUGCUGGCCAGGGGAUGGAAGAUGUCGGAGAGGUUGCACAUACUGGAGUUGUGGACGGGAGGGUUCCUGAUGUUCUGCGCUGUGUACGACUUCUAUUUCCAGGGGAAGAACCACUUUUACGUGUACUUGUUUUUGCAGUCGUGCGCGUUCCUGAUAAUGGGGUUCGGGUACGUAGGCACAUUCGUUCCGCACUACUCUUAGACGAUUCCAAAGCGAGAGCGUCGAGAGGCUAAUCCAAUUUUCCAAGAUUCGGGUGUGAGGUGUAUUGCAUCUGGCACGCGACUGGUGAAGUAGAUAAGAACUCAGUUAUGAUAACCUUGUAACAUAUCCUUUAAUAAAGCCACUGUGAGAAGUGUAUAUGGAUGGAAUCCUCUGUGCUCUAUCUUUAGGAUCGCACUGCAUGUAGUGCACUGCCACUAUUAAAGGGGAGGUAGCUGUAUUUAUCAAAAUAUCAUUGAAGUUUUUAAUCUAGGCGUAAACUUGAAUUCUUUUGAUGACUUCUCUAUCUUCAAUAAAUUUUUGGUUAUUGGAUCUGAUUUAAAGAA